CCUUCUGUAAAACAAGGCUCUAGUAGCUACCUUCCUGGGUCUCGUAUGUAUUUUGCAGGGGGAGAGGGGGCAUUUCUGUUCCUCAUCCUGGGUCAGAGUUCAGCCUGGGGGCGACAGACAUGAUGUGAGGCAGAGGGAGGUGCAGCCCAGCAAGCGCCCAGGAUGGCACUGCCAGCUGGAAAAGAACUGGGGCUCCAGGCCAGCCUCUCGGACUGACUGAGAGAGGAUGUUCAUCGGAGAAGGACUCUCCCCUGUUCUGGGGCAAUUGCUCCUCUGGAAAGGGACCCUCACUUCCAUUCUGGCCUCUCCCCUUGGCCCCUGUCCCCCAACCCAGCACAGCUGUACUGGCUCUGACCGUGUACCCCAGGCAAGGCGCCACCUCCCGGGGACCAAGUGAAAGGCCUGGCCGUCUGUGCUUCUGGGGCCUGAAACCUGACCUGAGGGUCACCCCAGAUGUCCAAUGUCCACCACUCACCCCACAAAACUUUCCCCAGGGCCCCCUUUGGGACUGUCCCACCUAUCCACUGAUCCCUCAGGAAAGGUUUCCAUACGCACCCCAUCCUGGGCUGGCAAUGCUUUAGAGGAGGUGGAGGAGGCAGAGAAUGAGAGAAUGGGGCUGGGUGGAGGCGUGGACCACUGAGGGGUCCCCCGGGAGUGCACCCUCUCAUGGAAGAAGUGGCAACUCCCCAGGCUGCUCUGGGGUGCAGGCUGGCCAUCUGAGGAACAGCUUCUGGCCAGGAGGCUGCAUCACUGUGGUCCAGAACUUCCCGGCUUACUCUCUGCUGGCCCAGCUCCAUGUGGCCUCCCUGCCAGCUCCACGAGGGGCCCUGGUGCCCUUCCAGUGCCAAGCCCUGCUGGGAGCCCCACGUCCAGUUCAUGCAGCCCCCAGUCCUGCCUGCACCCUGCGGGAGCCAGCCUAUAACCGCUAUCCCAGAGGGCAGGGCCAGCCCCACCUCUGGCCUCCUGGAGGGAAGGCAGAGCCCCCUCCCCCAAGAAAACCCCUCUCUGGCCCCCCACCGGCAGAGUGGCAGGGGGAGAUCCAAGCCCAUGGUCAGGCCGCCCAGGACACUGCCGGGCCAGCUGGAGAGCCCCUCGUCAGAUGUUCCCAAGAAAACCUGCUACCCUGGCCUUUGGGGAGGGCGUGGGGGUGCAGACCUCCCUGGAGCUCCUGGCCUUGGGCUCUGUCGCCUUCUGCAGCUGCCGGCCAUCAGGCAGGACUCAGGGACCGGCCCGCGGGCGGCCGCGACACGGUGCGGCUCAACGGCGACAUCGUCACGGCGCCCGCCUUCGGCCGCCUGCUGGACUUCAUGUACGAGGGCCGCCUCGACCUGCGCAGCGUGCCUGUGGAGGACGUCCUGGCCGCAGCCAGCUACCUGCACAUGUACGACAUCGUCAAGGUCUGCAAGGGCAGGCUCCGGGAGAGGGAGCAGGCGCUGCUCCGGGAGAACCCAGCCCCUCCGGGAAAACCGGGGCCUCCUGGCCCGCCCCUGUGCCCCCUGCCUGCCUGGACCCCUGAGCUCUGCCCUGCUGCUCAGAAGGCCAGGCUCCCCGGGACUGGGGUCAAGGCUGCCCUCCCUCCACGAGCACUGGUACCUCCCCCCUGGCAGCCCCCAGGGGAGUCAGACCGGGCCCUGGACCUGUCGUUGAAGCCCCGCCCAAGGCAGGAGCCAGUGCACCCUCUCUGCACCCUCCAGGCAGCCCCCCACAGCCAGGUGCAGCAAGGGACCCCACCACUAGUGAAAGAUGAGCAGGACUCGCUGUCGGGACAGGAGGGCAGUGGCCCUCAGAGCCCACACAGCACCCUGCAGCCACCCUGUGCUCCUGCAUCCAAGGGCCAGACAGUGGGCUUGGAGCCUCUGCCGUUCAGUGGGGUGGGCAGCAGGGAGCUGGAGCCGGAUGCAGAGCGGGGGGCGCGGGGGGACGAGCGGGGUCCCAGCGGGCAUCUCUGUGUCUGCCCACUGUGCAGCAAGCUGUUCCCCAGCGCCCACAUGCUGCAGCUGCACCUGAGCGCCCACUUCCGCGAGCGGGAUGGCUCCCGGGCUAAGCUCUCGCCCGACGGCACUGUGCCCACCUGCCCGCUCUGCGGGAAGACCUUCUCCUGCACAUACACGCUGAAGAGGCACGAGCGCACGCACUCAGGCGAGAAGCCCUACACGUGUGUGCAGUGCGGCAAGGGUUUCCAGUACUCCCACAACCUGAGCCGCCACGCCGUGGUGCACACUCGCGAGAAGCCUCACGCUUGCCGCUGGUGUGAGCGCCGCUUCACGCAGUCCGGGGACCUCUACCGCCACGUCCGCAAAUUCCACUGUGGCCUGGUCAGGUCCCUGCUCGUGUGACAUAUCUCUGGGGGUCGUGGGGGUGGAGGAGAGGGCGGACUUCCCAGGGGGACACUGGGACGGAGCGUAAAGGACAGAGAGUUCGGCCGGCAGAUGCCCCUGAGCCUGGACUCGGGCCAGCAGAAAGUACACCGCUGCCCCCGGAACACCACGUCGUGCUCCCCCGCAGGUGACUGGCCAGCCUUCUCCAGGCCUCGCCCCCUCCCCAGCCCUUGGACUCACUCCUGCGUGCUCUGACCCAGAUGCUCUUCCCCUCUGUCCUCUGCAGCCAGUUCCAAGGGGGUUGGAGGGGUCCUGAGCUCUGGCAUGAGGAGGCGCAUUUGUCCUCCUGGGAGCUUCCCUGGCCACCUCUCUGGCAUACUCUGGUGUGCCCCCAUGAGCCCCAUGCCGUGCUCGCUGAAGGAUGCACACAUCACAGAAGUUCUUGGUGUGGGUCCCCGACAGGGUGCUUGAACAGAACAGGCCACUCCUGGUGGGUGGCAGCAGGAGCCCUUUCUGAGGAGGCCUCAGGUGCAGUGCAUGCCAGCAGGGACAGGGCCAUCAGGGCACAGCUGUUGGUGUAGGGGGUGCAGGUCCCAGUGGGGACCCCAGGGUGGCAGGAGCAGAACCAGCCAGAAGCUAAGUGGCUCUGGAGUUGUGGGCACUGGGGUGGGAGGUAAGGCCUCUAGAGCUUGCAGUCCUGACCGCGCUGCGGCUUCGGGCAGAGAAAGUCGGAGUUUGGAAAGGAUUCUCUUUAGAUGCAAGAAGAGCCUCCCGAGGUUGCCAGAUGUCUGCCCAUGUGUGAUGAGCGGUGCCACUUCCCUGAACACAAAGGCACGGGGUGCCUCCAAGCAUCCCCAGGGUAGGGCUGAGGGGCCUGGAAAUGCAGCUACCUGCCCUGAGUAUUAUAGGCUGCUGCUGGGCCACGGUGGGCUUGACCCUGAGGUCGCUCGUUCACCUACUCCAGGUCCCCCUGGUACUGCUGGUCAUUUCCAGAGCACUCGGCUUGAGCCACAGGCCGCUCUGUCUACCAAGAGCCCUGUUUGCAGGGUUUUGCCUCCCUGCAGUGGGGUACGGGUGAAAGUGGCCAUUGCACAUGGAGGGGGUGGGGGGAAGGUGGGCGGCAGUGGGCCAACACAGGCCCCACCCCUAUCCACAGCCAGGGCACUGACGCUUUGAGAUUGAAGGGCCUCUGUGCGUGCAGCUGGUCAGGGUUGCCCUGCCUUGCCUGCAAAUCUAGCUGCCAGACCUUCAGUGGCUGUGGCAAGGAGGGGUCAGAGGGGGGCCGCCCCUGCUUCUUGGUGUCCAGCGGGUGGCACAGCCUCCUGGAAUCCUUUCCUCAGACCACAGCGUGGGCUGUUUCUGCUGUGGCUGGAGUCGGUGCUGAGGAUGGCACCUGGCCUCGUUUAAGUUAUUUUCUCUUCUCCUGACAACACUUGAUGUCAUAUUUAUUCAUCUGCCUAGUCUGGAGUGCAGUGACUGUGGGCCUUCACAGCAGGUGGACAGACGGGCUCGUCUCCCUGUGCCCUCAGCUCUCCUAGCAUGUGGACAGCCUGCAUGACAGUCCAGCCCUGGGGCUCAAGCUCAGCAGCCCUGGACAGCUGUGGACCAGAGGGCACUGGGCAAAGGAGACCCCUGCUUCUGACUCUUCUGUCUCUGGCCCUCCAACCUCUGAAGGGCUCAUGGGACAUGUCUUUUGGCAUGUACUCCAUGAUCAGGUUUCUUCGUGUGUGUGUGUGUGUGUGUGUGUGCGCACGCGUGUGAGCGUGCGUGCACGCAUUUGUGCACAACCCUAGCAAAUGGCAGGGCUGAGCCGUGCCAGCAUCCGUGGCAGCUGUGCCACUGGCCCCAGCAGGCAGUGGGGAGGUGUGGCAGUGGCCCUGGUUUUCCCCAGGGGCUUCCAUGGGGGAAGAAAUUUACUUUCCUGCCCUGAGUUAUCAACACUGGAUUCAUUGUUUUCAGCACUUACUGUGAAGUUAAUGUAAAGCGAAGAGGUCGGUUUUUAAUUUGAUGUCCUACACAAUUCAAAUGAAAUAUAUACAAAUGAGACACUAA